UUUCCUGGAACAUCAAUGGAAAAUGCAUCAUAUGAAACACUUUUUAUACUCACUUCAUUCCAAGAGAUGGGGAACAAUAAAGAUGUAUACUUUUGUCUUGCCUUGACAUGUUAUCUUUUAAUAAUUUUUUUUAAUUCAGGAUUAAUUGUAUUCAUAUAUCUAGAAAAAACUCUUCAUGAACCCAUGUAUAUUUUCCUUUCUAACCUGUUCCUUAGUGCACUGAUUGGAUCCUCAAGCUUUUAUAUUAAAUUCAUGAUUGAUCUGCGAGUGAGUAUUCCAGUGGUUUCUCCUUCAAUUUGUUUUCUUCAAAUUUUUUUGAUGUACACUUGUGUUUUUGGGGAAAUAACAAUUCUUACAGUUAUGGCAUAUGACAGGUACAUAGCAAUAAACUGGCCAUUGCAAUACACAUCAAUUAUUUCAAUCACAAAAAUAAGAAAUCUAAUCAUUCUUUCUUGGACUUAUCCUUCCUCUAUGGUAACAAUUGCUAUAUUUUUAACUGCACGCCUCUCUUUAUGUGGUAAUCGGAUCAAUUGGCUGUACUGCAACAAUUGGGAAAUUGUCAAGUUAUCUUGUCUAGAAACCCAUGUUAAUAAUAUCUAUGCAUAUGUGUUUUUCUUUACAUUUCUUAUACCAUUUUCAUUUAUUAUCUAUUCCUACAUUAAAAUCCUUAUUGUGUGCUGGAACAAUUCCAGGUCUCAUAAAAAGAAAGCUUUUCAAACUUGUCUCCCACAUUUAAUAACUUUAAUUUUGUUUUUAAGUUCAAUACUCUUUGAGGUAAUAGACAGUAGACUUAAUUCAAAGAGAUCAACAAACAGCUUUUCCACUAUUGCUUCUUUAGAGACAGUAAUAAUACCUCCUCUUUUAAAUCCAUUAAUAUAUGGUAUCAUUUUGCCUGGAAUACGCAAACGACUUAUUUGUAUAUUUUUAUGUAAGGAUAAAAAAAGAACCCAAAAAAGAUUAAUGUAA